AUGAACACUGCUGGUGGGGUGUGUCUGUCUGUGCUGUCCUCUCUCCUGGCUGUGGCUGGGGCCCUGGCUGCCGUGUCUGCCCUCGCUCUAGCUCCUCUCUCUGCCCUGGCUGAGGCUGCCUAUGGGGUUGCCGAUAGCGUCCCCAGCACCGGGGCAGAGGGGGCCCCCUCGCCUUUGUCCUCACCAUGCUCCAGCCUUGUAGCUGGGGUGCUAUAUGGCUCUUUCUCCCUAAGGGAGCUUUUUCCCUCCAGGGCACCGGGUUGUUCCUGGUCUCUGGAAAAUCCGGAUCCCACCAAGUACUCCCUCUAUCUCCGCUUCACGCGCCACCCUGUCAUUUGUAGGACACACUCCCCCAUGCUCCUUUCCCUUGACCACCACCUAGCCAAUCAAAGCUGUCCCCUGCACUUACAGACGGCCACUGCCAGAGAUCAGGAAGUCAUCGAUCUUUGUGGCAGCCACACCAGUUCAGACGGACCUUACUCCUUUCUGCAGUUCGAUAAGAACUUUGUCCAACUGUGUCUAACGAGACAUCCAGCUGCAGAUGAGCCUCAGGUAUCUAAGGAAUUGCUGGAGCUGAGACUGGUAGAGGUGUUACUCAUUAACAACGAAAACUCCAGUCAGUUUACCUGCGGUGUGCUCUGCCGAUGGUUCGAGGAGUGUUUGCGCACUGAUCACAAUGGAGACCAGGAGGUUUCUGAUGGGGAUGGUUGUGGGAUGACUCAGACAGGCUGUAUUUGUCCAAAUCACAACAUUAUGGCACCGCCUGUUCCUCUGCUCCCAGAGACACCGCACACUUUCAGUAACGGGUCACUGGCUCCUGAUGACUGUUGCGUCACCGAGCUGCAUUCCAAUGAUGCAAUCGCCAUAGCGCCCCGAGAUGUCCGACAAGACCCGUAUGAUGACGACCUGAAGGUGAAGACCCAAAGACCACGAUCAGCUGACCAGCCAGGUGUGUUUCAGGCACAAACAGGUGACCCAGCAGCGGAGGAAUGGUCGCAGUGGAGUGUGUGUUCUCUGACAUGUGGGCAGGGCUGGCAAGUGAGGACCCGAUCGUGCGUUUCUUCUCCCUAUGGGACACUGUGCAGCGGUGCCCUGCGGGAAACACGCAUGUGCAACAACACGGCCUCUUGCCCAGGUGAACCCGGAAUCACAGGCUCAGUGGAGGGCCAGUGGUCAGAGUGGGGGCCUUGGUCGAAAUGCAGUGUGACUUGUAACACAGGGACCGAGCAGAGGCAGAGGCGCUGUAGCCCAUCGGUGCACGGCUGGGCUGAAUGCAAAGGCCCCCAUCAGGAGAGCAGAGAAUGCACCAACCCUUCGUGCUCCGGUGGAGGUAACUGGGGCAGCUGGAACCACUGGAGUCUCUGCAGCAAGACGUGUGACUCUGGAUGGCAGCGACGCAUCAGGAUGUGCGAGGGCACUGGAUUGCAAGGCUACCCCUGUGAUGGCUUGGGAGAGGAGGUCCGGUCGUGUAAUGAGAAAAAGUGCCCUGCGCCUCAUGAGAUAUGCAAAGACGAGCACCUCCUCUCGAUGUCAUGGAAGAGAGCCUCAGCUGGAGAAACUGUCUACAACAAAUGUCCAACGAAUGCUACUGGAUCUGCUAGUCGUCGUUGUAUGCUGGACAAUAAUGGAGUUGCUUUCUGGGGUCCUCCGAGCUUCGCCAGAUGCGUCUCACUUGAAUAUAGAUAUUUACAUUUAUCUUUACGAGAGCAUCUCGCGAAGGGUCAGAGGACCCUGGCUGGGGAGGGCAUGUCUCAGAUCGUACGGAGUCUCCUGGAGCUCUUGCAGAGAAGGAGCUACUACAGUGGCGACCUUCUCUUUUCCACGGAGAUCCUGCGAAAUGUGACGGACACCUUCAAAAGAGCAACCUACAUCCCAGCUCCCGACGACGUGCAGAAAUUCUUCCAGAUUGUCAGCCACAUGUUGGACAUUGAAAAUUUAGAAAAAUGGGAGGACGCUCACCAGAUCGCUCCCGGUGCUGCUUUGCUGAUGAAGAUAUUGGAAGAUUUCAUUCACCUCAUUGGAGAGGCCCAGAAGCCUUUUCAGAGUUUUCUAGUGGUUACCAACAACCUCAUGGUAACCAUUCAGAGAGAACCAGUGUCAGCAGUUUCCAGCGAUAUCAACUUCCCCAUGAAGGGCCGGAGGGGCAUGAAGGACUGGGCCCGAACAGCAGAAGAUAAGCUCUACAUCCCUAAAGAGGUUUUCACCAUCCCACCUGAAGAGCAAGAAGCUGAAACAGAAUCUACAAUGUACUAUGUCAUUGGAGCCAUCUUGUACAGGACACUUGGCAUCAUUUUACCUCCAGCGACUCCGCCUGCGGUGAUCAACUCCAAAAUCCUGACCGUGACAAUACGACCGGAACCACAACCCAGUGAGCCCAUGGUGGUGGUGGAGCUGUCACCGCUAUUAAAUGGUACAUCAGAUCCUCAGUGCGUUGUCUGGGACUAUGGAAACCCGGAAGCUGGCGCAGAAAACUGGGGCACAGAAGGCUGCCAAACGCUCGCAUCAACCGCUGUCCAUACCAAAUGCCUGUGCAGCAGAAUAUCCACCUACGCCGUGUUAGCGCAGCAAGCUAAAGACCCGGACAUGGGUCCUACCAGCAUGCCCUCUGUGCCCCUUAUGGUGGGGUGCGGCAUCUCCUGCACCGCUCUGCUCAUCCUGCUGCUAAUAUAUGCUGCCUUCUGGAGGUAUAUCCGGUCGGAGAGAUCGAUCAUCUUGGUGAAUUUUUGCCUCUCCAUCCUGGCCUCCAAUUUAUUAAUUCUGGUCGGACAAUCACAAACGCUUAGCAAGGGCCUCUGUACUGUGACUGCUGCCUUCCUGCAUUUCUUCUUCUUGGCGUCCUUCUGCUGGGUGCUGACUGAGGCGUGGCAGUCCUACCUGGCGGUCAUUGGCAAAAUGAGGUCACGACUCAUUCGCAAGCGGUUUCUGUGCCUCGGCUGGGGUCUUCCAGCCCUUGUUGUAGCAGUGUCAGUGGGUUUCACCAGAGCGAGAGGUUACGGCACAGCCAGCUAUUGCUGGCUAUCGUUGGAAGGCGGUCUGCUUUAUGCCUUUGUUGGGCCAGCUGCUGUCAUUGUAUUGGUGAAUAUGCUUAUUGGAAUCGUGGUGUUUAACAAGCUCAUGUCUCGAGACGGCAUCUCAGACAAGUCUAAAAAGCAGCGUGCUGGUGUCCCAGCGGAGGCGCGUAGCCGACUGCUCCUGAAAUGCUCCAAGUGUGGCGUGAUCUCAAGCACCGCUAUGUCCAACUCGACUGCCAGCAGCGCCAUGGCAUCUCUGUGGAGCUCCUGUGUGGUUCUCCCGCUGCUAGCGUUAACCUGGAUGUCAGCGGUCCUGGCCAUAACUGACCGGCGUUCCACACUCUUCCAGGUUCUCUUUGCCGUCUUUGACUCUGUUCAAGGCUUUGUUAUCAUCACCGUCCACUGCGCCAUGCGCCGAGAGGUGCAGGACGCGGUGCGGUGUCGAAUGGGGGGAUGUAAAGACGACAGCGAAAACUCACCAGACUCCUGCAAGAAUGGACAGGUGCAGAUCAUGACGGAUUUUGAGAAGGACGUUGACUUGGCUUGUCAAACAGAGAGAGGACACCCAUUCAUUUUCAAAGAGGUGAACACCUGUAACCCAGCCACUAUCACUGGGACCCUUUCCCGCAUCUCCCUGGAUGAUGAGGACGAUCCUAAGCUGGCAGCCCAUCAGGAGGGCGGAGUAGGGGUCAACUUCAGCACUCUCCCAGGGAACAUCCCCCCUCCUAACCUUAUUGUACAGGUUCCACCUCUGGGAGGCCUCAAUGAGCUGAGUGAAACCCCCCUAAAGAAGGAAGUGAAUGUGGACCAGCAGAGACAACAGGGGCAGCAACGUGGCGGCGCUCCGAUCUACCUGUGCACCGAGAGUGGCCUGGGCUGGGCUCGACCUCCGGCUUCAUCCAACACCUCCCAGGACGGAAGUGCUGGAAGCGGAGGGGGUGGGGGAGACGGAGGAGAGGGGGGUGGUGGAGGAGAGGGGGACUACAUGGUCUUACCUCGCAGGACAGUCACUUUCAAACCUGCAACACCCUCCUCCCAAGGAGGAGGCCUGGGACUGGGGGGUGAGGACAAGCCUCUCAACAUUGCAGUGGAGGAUCCUCCCUUCCCGCCGCCUCCCUCUCCUCUGACCCUUCAUCCGGCAGAGAGUGAGGCCUAUCCGGCGGAUUUUGUGCCAUCCAGUGUGGGUGACAUGAACAUCACCAUGAACCUCAACCGCUCCUUUGGGACGAUCAAAACAUUGCCCCAUGGGCAGGGCCACUUGAUGCCUCAGGGUGGUCUUGUGCACUCCCAUGGAGGACAUAUGCAUUCCCAUGGGAAUUCUUUGCAGCUAAAGCCGGGCCAGAGACCUUCAGUCAGACAGAUUCUGACAGGGGGAACAACAGUGGAGAGAACCAGGACCCUGCCACGCAACCUGGGCAGCACCAAUGCCAACACCAGCCUCUCAGCAGGAUCCCUGGAGAGGAAAAGAGUACGGUACUCUGAACUGGACUUCGAGAAAGUGAUGCACACUCGCAAAAGACAUUCUGAGCUGUACCAUGAGCUCAACCACUCGUCCAAGUUCCACACCAUAGACAGGUAUAGCAGGGACCCAGCCAUGUCCACAUUCAAGAGGGAAAAGCGAUGGAGCAUUUCGUCUGCCGGCGGUGAAAAGAACUCAUCGAGUGACAAGUCAACCCCAGAGGACCAAAGCUCCUGGGACAGCUUCAAGACCAUGACCCCCGAGCUGUCCAUCGUGCCCGGGGAGCAGAAGGACCGGAUGGAACUGCACAAUAAAAACUGGGACUCGUCCUCGGCUAACACCCCCGACUCAUCCGAGGGAGACUUCCAGACUGAAGUGUGAAGACACGCAGACGUACACACCCACUGAAACAGACACGCUCUCCCGUGCCGAGGUGCAGAUGCACACAGAGACACCGGAGUACUGAAAAGCUAUACAUAGGUACACGAGUUCUCUGCAAGGAUCACACACACUCACACACACUCUCUACUACUCCCCGCCUCCCCAUCUCCUGCGAUGUGCUCUGUCGGAUCCCAUAGUGUAUGUUUACUGCUGCAGCGGACAGACAUGGAAAGAAGACUGUUCUACUCUAUAUUUUCGCAAAGACUAUUGAAAAGAAAGAACAGGGGCUUGACAUGUCUGUGACUGAUUAAAAAAGAGAAGAUUUUUAAAUGAACUUUAAAAGAAGAAAGAAAAAAAACUAUGAGAAACUUAUUUCAGAGAAAUUGUCUUGAUUUUAUUCUGGAGAAGAUAAAAAAAGAUAACCUCUUUCAAUUGUUUCAUGACUUUGAGGUGGGGGUGGGGGUGGGAGAUAUUUGUUUUAUAGCAAGGGGAAAAGAUCUCACCGAGGUUUCUCACACUUGGGUAGCCUCCCUUCCUCCUCCUCCCUUCCAAGGCACCCUGGUCUCAAUUUGCUUUUCCCCUUGAGAAUCAAAUUGGUCAGUCUUUAUCUAUUCCCUUUUUCUUUUCUUUUUUUCUUAUUUGAACGG